GACUCAGUAACCUUUGUGGGUAGACAGGUUCGUUGAUAAAAACAGCUGUUUUUGCUUUUUCAAAGCGUUUAUUUUCAUUAGAUUGGUUUGCGAAAAAAAUUUGUCGCAUGUGACGUCAAAGAAUGGAAACCAGGGUUAAGAUAAAAAAGGACAGCAUGAAAGGCCCAAAGACACCAAAAAUUAAUGUACGAGACACACCAGAUGGUCACAGUGCAAAGAAAAGAGAUGUAAUGAAAAUCAAGCCUAAUACACCCGGUAUGAAAAAGAAACAGACAAAAGUAAAAAUAGAAAUGUCCCUAACAGACCAACCAAGUGAAAAGAAGAAGAAGAGGCAGAAAGAUGCACAAUCUGAAGAAAGUCCCAAGCUGAAAAAAAGGAAACAUUCAGGUGAUGCAAAUGAUGAAAACGUGGUUGCAGCGAAGUCUAAGGAUGGAGAUAAGAAAGAGAGGAAGAAAGCAAAAGUGAAGAAACAUGAUAGGACCUUGGAGGAAGCAGCUGUACAGAAGAUGAGAGGAAUGCCUGAUGGCGCUGAGGUGGGAAAAGAUGAUGCAGCGCAGAAGGGUGGGAGGAAAAAGUCUAUGGAGAAGAAGGACAAGAAACCGUUAAAAGUUCUGAAACAUGCUGUGAAAAACAUCAAGAUGUUCAAAAAGGACACGAAAGGCACAAAACGGAAACUUGAAGAUGGACAAGAAGCAGGUGAUGCGAAGAAACCAAAGUUGGUCGAAAUGAAGAAGAAAGACAGAAAAGUAGCCAGGAAAGCGAUGAAGAAUAAUUAUGAUGUCUCGCAUAAGGCAAAGAGAAUUUGGGAGGAACUCCGCAAAUUCAAGAUACCUGAUGAGAAGAAGAAAGCACUUUGUGAUGAACUCUGUGAGCUUGUGAAGGGGAAAUGCAAAGAGUUGAUAUUUGCCCACGACACAUGCCGAGUCAUUCAGUGCCUCGUCAAGUAUGGAUCCACGGAACAUCGCACAAAAUUGUUUGAAGAAUUAAAGGACGAUAUCCUGGAGAUGAUCAAGUGCAAAUAUGCCAAGUUCUUUGUCAAGAAAUUAAUAAAAUAUGGCACAAAGCCACAGAAAGCAUUAAUCUUUAAAAGUUUUUAUGGUAAAGUGCGGAAAUUGGUCAGACAUUCGGAAGCUUCGGAAAUCCUAGAGUACUGCUACAAUGAGUAUGCCAAUGCUGCUCAGAGAGCUGCAAUGGUUGAGGAGUUCUACGGACCGAGUUUCGCCCUGUUCAAAACGGACGAGAUCAGGACGUUAGACCAGUUGAUUGCCAGCGAUCCAAACAAGAAGGACUCCAUUCUUGGCAACAUGAAAGAAGCUUUGCUACCACUGAUUGACAAGAAUGUUCUCCAACACUCGAUAGUUCACCGAAUCUUUCACGAAUUCUUCACUCAUGCCAGCGCCAAAAUGAAAGCUGAUAUGGUAGAAGCCCUUAGGGAAAAUAUGGUUCAUAUGGUUCACACAAGAGAUGGCGCGCGUGUCGGUAUGAUGUGUUUCUGGCAUGGAACGGCUAAGGACCGCAAAGUGAUAAUCAAGAGUAUGAAGCCUCAUGUGUUGAAGAUGGCCAAAGAGGAGCAUGGCCACUUGGUCCUGUUGGCAAUGUUCGACUCUGUGGAUGACACCAAGCUUGUAGGAAAGGCCAUCAUUGAGGAACUUUGCAAGUCUGUCCAAGACGUGGCCCUGAACCAGCAUGGGAGAAAGGUUCUGCUCUACCUCCUUGCUCCCAGGGACCCGUUGCACUUCCAUCCCGACGUCAUAAGGAUCCUUCAGCAGGGUGACGAAAGUAUCACAAGCAAAAAGAGCAAGGAAGUGAGGCGUAAGGAACUUUUGGAUGUUUCCUCCGCACCCCUUCUCAAGCUGAUUGUUGACCACACCAGGGAGUUGGUCAUGUGUAACUCAACCUUACUGCUGGUGAUGUCCAUCAUUACACACGCUGUGGGGGAUCUCCAUGAUGCAAUGGAGGCUGUAGCCCAGAUCGCUGCUGAACCGUUCGUCCCCGGAAAUCUAGAAAACUUUCAUAUCAUUGAACAUCCAGCUGGCCAUAUUGCACUCAAGAGGUUGAUUACCAAUGAUAAACAGAGGAUGCAGGCUAAUGAAACUGUACUGUUCUCAAAGGUGUUACUGGAGACCAUCCCAAAUGGUACACUGAAGUCUUGGGCAACAUGCAACAGAGGCUGCUUCAUCCUUGUCGUAUUAAUGGAAUUGGAAAAUGAGGAGGUGUCAGCGGCCGUCAAGAAAGAAAUCACUCCGAUUAAGAAAGCUGUUGGAAAGUUGAAUGUGAAAGGUGCUCAGAUACUUCUUGAGAAGUUAGGCAAAUGAAAAUUUAAUAUCCCUUUUGACAUCCUAGUCUAAAUGCACAGACAAACUGCGAGAACCAGCAGUAUUUUUGGUGGAUACUAUUUUGUUAGAAAUUAUGUACUUGAAGCAACAUAUGAAUUAAGAAUAUGGUAAAUGCCACGAAGUUUGGACAGUUCAUAUCUAUUAAGGUCAAGAUCAGCCUACAUGUAUUCUGUCAGUUAUAGUUGGAGCGGUAAUGGCAUCUGUUUGAUGUUUCAAUUAUGAAAUUGUGUUGUGUAAAUGAUCUUUUAGUCUUGGUCUUUGAAAUAAAAACAAUUA